GUCCGCUGAGCAAACGCAGUCCGUAAGGCCCGCCUUAGGGUGAUGCUACUUUCAGGCAGGGCUAGAGGAAAUGGGAGGACCAAAGCGACUGCUUAUUACGUCAAAAUGUGUCACAGAAAGGCAGGGCAAACUGAGGUUACUGCGGAGACGAUCAGACAAGGAAUUGAGAAGAAUGGCUUUGAAAUGAGCUAAAAAAAAAAGCGAUUACUGUCACCCAGGAAGGAACAUUUUCAUGCCUCGUCAAAAUUGCCUCAGCCUGGGUCACCCUUCACAAUCCACAGAGCAGGACUUACCUCUUUUCCAGGAGCUGUUCUCAUCUGACUCCUCGCAGAAGUACAGCUACCACCAAGCCCUGCACGCUGGUAGGGAGGGACUGAAGAGGGCAGGCAGGCACGGCUCCCCUCCCCCCCCGCUGUGAGUGAAGACCCAUCCGCUGCAGGCGUGCAGGAGCCUCCCUCUCCUCAUGACAAGAUGUCUGCCAGAGAGCGCAGCCCUCGCCACCGGCCGUGGUCCGUUUACCGGGCCACCACCUUCGACCUCUCCUCCGAGAUGCUGGGACUCACCCUGGCAGGAAACAGCCAAGAUCCAGAUGAACCGGUGUUGGAAUUUAGUUUAGCUUGCAGUGAGUUAAUUACACCAGCUUUAGAUCGAAAACCUAACAGCUUUGUGGCAGUUAGUGUUACUACUCCUCCUCAAGCAUUUUGGACAAAGCAUGCCCAGACAGAGAUUAUAGAGGGCACAAGCAACCCAAUUUUUCUGAGCAGCAUUGCCUUCUUCCAGGACUCUCUGAUCAAUCAACAGACACAGGUGAAGCUCUCGGUGUACGAUGUCAAGGACCGAUCUCAGGGAACGAUGUACUUGCUGGGUUCUGCAAUGUUCACUGUGAAAGAGCUAUUACAAGAGAAGCAGCACAGGUUACACCUUAUGCUCAGAUCUGCUGAAAAUGAACGUGUGGGCAACAUCACAAUCAUAGCCUGGCAGAUGGAGGAGAAGAGAGACCAAAGGUCUCCUGUGACAAGGCUACCAGACACAAUCAAUGGAAGGACAGUCCUCCCCGUCGACGAAAGCCUGACAGAAUCCUUAGGAAUAAGAGCAAAAUAUGCUUCUUUAUGCAAAGACACUUUACUAAAGUCAGUAUUUGGGGGCACCAUGAGCAGGAUGUACCGUUUACCCACCACAGAUGGUAACCACCUGCGGAUCCUGGAGCAGAUGGCAGAGAGUGUACUUUCUCUGAACGUCCCUCGCCAGUUUGUUAAGCUCCUUCUUGAGGAAGAUGCGGCCAGGGUGUGCGAGCUGGAGGAGCUAGGAGAGCUGUCUCCCUGCUGGGAGAGUCUGCGCCGUCAGAUCGUCACUCAGUACCAAACCAUCAUUCUCACCUACCAGGAGACCCUUACAGACCUUCAUCAGUACAAAGGGCCCUCUUUCAAGGCAAGCAAUCUGAAAGCAGAAAAGAAGUUAGAAUUCAUGCCAACAAAUCUCCAUAUCCAGAGAAUGAGAGUACAGGAUGAUUCUGGCUCAGACCACACAUAUGACAUUGUAACGAUUGGGGCCCCAGCUGCUCACUGCCAGGGCUUCAAGAAUAGUGGCCUCAGGAAGCUCAUCCACAAGUUUGAAGAAGCCAAAAAGCACGUUUAUGAGGAGGGUUGCAGCUCCGUGUCUAGCUCGCAGUCCAUUGUCUAUAUGCCACAAGACAUCAUUCGAGCCAAGGAGAUCAUUGCACACAUCAAUACCCUGAAGACGCAGGUCAGCUACUACGCCGAGAGGCUCUCCAGAGCAGCCAAGGAGCGCUCUGUUAAUGGGCUGGAGAGGACCUUGGCUAUUUUGGCAGAUAAGACCAGGCAGCUGGUCACUGUGUGUGACUGCAAGCUGCUGGCAAAUUCAAUCCAGGCCUUGAACGCCGCCCGGCCUGAGUACAUCGCCUCUAAAGCCUCACCCACCACUGGGGACUCCGACCAGGUGGUCCUGAGGAACGACCAGGAUACUCUCGUCGCCAAGUGGGCAGGGAAGAACAGCCGCUCGUCCCUGCAUGCCAACUGGCACGAGGAGGAAUGGGAGAAGGUGUGGUUGAACGUUGACAAGAGCCUGGAGUGCAUCAUCCAGCGCGUGGACAAGCUGCUGCAGAAGGACCGCCUGCAGAGCGACAGCUGCGAAGAUGUGUUCCAGUGCGACACCAGCAGCACCAGCAAGAAAGGUAACCUGGAGAGGCGAGCGUACUGGAUUAAUCCAGACUGCAUGGAGGAAACUAGCUCGUCUUGUUCAUCUGCAUCGCCAUCAUCUGCCACACCAUCCUCAUCUUCUCCAGCACUCUCUGCAUGCCUUGCUCUCUCUGACAAAAAUUGCAGCCCCCCUGCUGAGGAGGCCUCUCCAGGGGAGUGGAGUGAAGCCUUAUAUCCUUUGCUCACAACUCUUACUGAAUGUGUAGCCAUGAUGAGCGAUAAAGCUAAAAAGUCAAUGGUCUUCCUGUUGAUGCAAGACACUGCCCCCACAAUCGCCAUGGACUUGAGCCUGCAGUAUCGAAGGGAUGUUGUCUUUUGUCAAACACUUACAGCCCUUAUUUGUGGAUUUAUAAUCAAACUAAGAAACUGUCUUCGUGAUGAUGGAUUCUUGCGUCAACUCCAUACCAUUGGCUUGCUGGCUCAGUUUGAGAGUCUGCUCAGUACCUACGGAGAGGAGCUGUCUAUGCUGGAAGAUAUGAGCGUAGGAAUUAUGGACAUGAGAAACGUCACGUUCAAGGUGACCCAGGCGACUUCCAGUUCGUCUGUGGACAUGUUGCCAGUCAUCACGGGAAACAGGGAUGGGUUCAACGUGCGGAUCCCGCUCCCGGGCACCAUGUUUGACGCGUUGCCGCGGGAGAUCCAGAACGGGAUGCUGCUGAGGGUCCAGCCGGUGCUCUUCAAUGUGGGGAUCAACGAACAGCAGACCCUGGCAGAGAAGUUUGGAGACACAUCACUGCAAGAAAUCAUUAACACGGAGAGCCUGGCUCGCUUGAAUUCCUAUUAUGAACAAUUCAAAGAAGUUUUACCUGAAGACUGCCUACCUCGGUCCCGUAGUCAGACAUGCCUGCCUGAACUGCUACGAUUCCUGGGCCAGAAUGUCCAUGCAAGAAAAAACAAGAAUGUGGACAUCCUGUGGCAAGCUGCAGAGAUUUGCCGGCGCCUCAAUGGAGUUCGCUUCACGAGCUGUAAAAGCGCCAAGGACAGGACGGCCAUGUCCGUGACUCUGGAGCAGUGUCUGAUCCUGCAGCACGAGCACGGCAUGGCUCCUCAGGUCUUCACCCAGGCCCUGGACUGCAUGAGGAGCAUUGGAACUCGGGAAGUGGUCACACAGAAGAACUUGAGUGGCCUGUUGCCCAUCCGCGAUUGCAGGCUAGACCCCAGCCUUCUCUACUCUAUCCCUUUACUGGCCCUGAGCCCCAAUUUACUGGUCGUGUGGCUGUUUCUGAGCAUAGCGUACCUGCUGGCUAAAAUGCGUUGCAAGUGAAGACAACAGCCCCCAGGCCCUGCAGAGGUUCAUUUGUGAACGAUGGGGGAAGUGUGCAGCCCUGAGGCCAGCCAUCUAAAUAUUAUUGCCUUACUUUUAUUUCAAAGAAACACUACUGAACCACUGAAACUGAAAAGCUGGAAAAAAAAAGAUUUGUAAAAAAACUUUGAUGUAAAUACACAUUAAAUUAUUUUAGCAGAUAUUCUAAAAGAUGUAUAAGAUAUUAUUUAUCACAGAUUCCCAGUACCUCAUAGUGGUCAUAUAUACACAGAGUUUAUUAUACAGUCCAGUUUCUGUCCUGCUGUGUCUGGACUUGUUGUCGUUGACAGCUUGUUUUUUCAGGUCUUCCUUGCGUAUCUUGUUUCUUAUGGCAAGAGCCCAAUCAGAGCUAUUAAUACUAUUUUUAAUUAGCCGACUUUCUACGUUUGCCAGUUUUUGAAUAAUUGCAAUGUUGUGAUAUUGGCUGUUCUAAUCGGGUCUUCCCAUCAUUUGUCAGGGAGAUUCUGGCUGCUUUAGUUAAACUGAUGCACUUUCUAUUUUUGUGAAGAACAGCAUAACUUUGCCAGGUUAGGAUCAAUAAUGUUGAGCAUUAAUAUUUUUGGGAAAUGUACAGUAUAUCAGAACAUGCUUAAGGACGCAUCAGUGCCACUGUACUUUUUGUGUGAAUGCCAUUCUUAUGCUUUGUUUAUUUACAUGUUUUCAAUUAUUUAUAGUGGAUUAAAGUCUUUAAGUGGAGUUCUGUAGAGCAUGACAUUGUGUCCCCAGUUAAUGAAAGAAAAAGUAGUACUUUCCUUAAAGGGAAGAAAUCAAUCCAAAUCAAUCAUUUUUUAAUUGAUCUGACAAUUUGUAUUGUGACACCCCCAGAUGUGGAGAAGCAAUUUCUAAACAUGUUGAAUUGUAUAGGAAGGGAUUUCUCUUUCUGUUCCAUUCAUUCCUGAUGCGAUAAUUAACUCCCUGUUCAUGAUCAUGCAUCAUAAAUUGAGUUUACUUCAGUAUUGAUUCAGAUACUAAAACUAGUUUGAUGGUAUUGAUGAAGACAUCCACACAAAAAGUCAUUAUAAACAAGACUUCCCAAAAGCUCAUGUUGUAUAACAAACUAUGCAGUCUUUCGAUACACAAUCACUGAGAUUGUAUGUAUUGAGUAUUGAUUGAGUAUGAGUGCAGUCAUUUGCUGCUGAGCUCAUAACUAAACUCAUUCAUCUGAGGGACAGACACUGCUGGCUCAGGUCAAGGGUGUAUCAUUACCUUUGUGUGAUCAACAAUUUGUCAGAUAUUCCUGGAACAGAUGGACUGGACUAGGCCUAGCAUUGUGACAACAAUGUCUUGCUGGGCUCCUGUGACCGUGUGGCUUUGGCAGUGAGUGCAGUAUCUCUCCUGCCAUCGUUGAACACUCACCCAUAGGAAUUGUGAGGCUCACGGCAUGAAAAAUUGCACUUUGAUGAAGAUCUCUCUUCAUGUACAUUUUUGAAUGGCAUGGUCCAUAACACUGGAAACCUCUGAUCAGCAUGACGAUGGUUAGUGGUAUUCUGAGUUUCACGGUGCCCUUUGUGUUGUACCAAAGAUUGUCUAGCAGAAUAGUGCGGUUAGUGCUUAUGGUUAUAAAUCUAGCCAUUUUGUACAGUGGUGAGCAGGGUUUAAGUGGUAAAAAGCAUGACUCAUGGUUUAGAGGUAGCCCUGCAUCUGUCCAUUACAAUAAGUACAAGUCUGAAGCAGCUGUACUCUGGCAUGCUUCUUUUUGUGUUAGUUGCCCAGGAUUGAGCUGUAUUGUCUGCCUUGAGCCAUCAUGUUGAGUAGUUUAAACUGCUGUAUCAUAUGAUAUUAGAAAUAUUUUAAGAAAUGGUUGUCUGUCAUAUGUAACCCCUGAGUAGUAAUGUUUACAGCUGAACCAGUCCAAUCUAAAAGCAUAUUUUGUGGUUUAGAAUAGGUAUAGGUAUUGGAUUGGCUGAUAUUAAACUCCUCCUGUUUAACACAUAAUCCUCUUUUGAUUUUGAGGAAAAGGAACCAAACAAUUGGUCUUUCCACAAAAGGCAUAAUAGAAAAAUCCCAGGCAGGAAAUGAAACACAUUCCUAUAAUACACUUCCUUGUAAGCCAAACAAGAGGAAAAACAAGCUCUCCUAAUCUGGAAUUUCAGAAAAUAUUUUGUUCUUUGAUCAUAAAGUGCACCCUCCUCAGUGCUUAUCUUUUUAACUCAAACUCUCAACCAAGAAGAGAAAGUUAGUGGCUUGUGCUUUGUGAGUCACCCAGAUGAUUUAUACAGUAUAUGAUAGCAAAUUCUGUCCAUCUUGUGAAUGUGAUGAAUCUUCUGCAUCUGCAGUCCUGGUAAAAUACAAGAAGUCUACAUAUACAGUAUUCUGGGAUGUGUUUUUUAAAUUCCAAGUUAAAUUAAGUAUUUGGUGGGAUUCAUAUCCUGUGGAAAAUAGGUGUUUAGGCAGCUGGUCAGUGGCAGUUGGGGUAUCUAGUAAGAAUUUGUCAAUUGUCCUCAGUGUGUGAGCAUUCUGAAAAGGCAGUCUAGGACUAAAUGACAGUUUUCAUGGGUAGUCAAUAUCUGAUGAUUCUCAUGUAGUAUAACAGUGGAACCAGAAUCCAGACAAUGUGCACAUUUAUCAUAUGUGAAUACUAUGCAAGCUGUGUGAUCCACAAACAGAGUUUAUUGUGUAAACUUUAAUAUAUAGUACAGUACCCCACAGAACUCUGUUACUGGCUUGCUUACAAAAUUAACUGCACUCCUACUUUCAGAGAUUGCUGAUCUCAUUCUCAAGUUGUAUACACAUACUGUAGUGAUCCUUUACAUACGAUGAAAGGCAGACUCCUUAGCAACAUAUUUUAAGAUUGUAAAAGCUAAUUACUUGUAAAAGUGGGUAUCUGUUUAUGUGUAUGUGAGCAACAUACAGUACUGGAGCUAAACAAUACUAUCUUGUUUUGAGAAUUAAAAAAAGAAAAGGGAACUUCAUGCAAUGCCUGUGGCAAAGACAAUAGCGUACAUAUUUGCUUUCCAAGAACUUCUUUUUAACGAAUGCUCCUAAUAAUAACAUUAUUUUAUCAAGCAUGUGACAUUAAUUAUAUUUUUAGGUUAAUACGUUGUGUUAAAACUUUGCUUAAGCUAAUGUGGAAAAGGCUGUUACAACUGAGCCUUCUUGUGGACAGUUAUUGGGUGAAUUUACAAUGAACCUUUGUCAGGGGCAAAUGGUAGCAUUUGUAAAGCAGAUUCAUGGACGUUGACCUAUGUAGAGAACCAUUGUGUGUUCCACAAAGGUCUGAAUUAAAUCUGUAGUACUCUGUAUAUUACUACACCUGUUAAAUACUCUAGGCACUGUCUCUUGUCAUGGCAAGACUCCGCCUGCUUAUCUCCUUAUACCCUGUGGCACUUUAAAGAAAACAUAGUAAAAACAAUCUGGUAACUCAGACCCUCUGUAGCAAAAACAACCCCCAUCUUGGGUUGAACACCUUACUUUCUCUCACUCGACAAACGCAGCACAAGCUGUUCUUUUACUGUAUUUGUGGUGUGUGCUUCCGUGCUUUCUUCUGGCUCCCUCAUCACUGCUCUUUGGUCUGCUACAUGUGGGGGCUCCAGCCUGCCUUGUCGCCUAAGCAGGUGUGCACCAAAGAAUGUAUUGAAUUAAAUGCGUCUACGCCUGUCAUAUACCAUAAGCCACAUGAACAUGAGGGGCAUUGUCUGAGUCUCCUGAAUGGGUAUAGUAAUGUGUUUUGAUACAACAUUGGAGCCAGUGUCUGUAGGCGUAGGCCCCGUUUAUCCAAAGCAGAACUACACCAGCAUGAAAGGAUGGUGUCUAUUCUGUGUUUAUUUCUUCUGUAGAGCAAAACCUUUUGUAGAGUUUAUGUUGUUGACAUAUAAAGCUGUGUCCAUGAGUCACUCACUCCUGCCAUCCACCAUUACUGUUAGCGCUUGGUAAGACUGUUCGGUUUGUCAUUGUCUUAACAGGCUUUUUGUUUCUCCACUGCUAUCAUUCUCUGUACUUGUUCUCCCCCCAGUGAGGGUUGUCGGCGAGAAAACACCAUGAAGAAUGUUGGAUGUCGCAAGUAUGCUUUUAAUACGCUGCAGCUGAAGGCUUUUCCAAAACAU